CCACCUUCGCCUCAUCACCACCGCUGCCUCUGCUGUCUCUGCUGCCUCCACUGCCUCCACUGCCUUACUCAUUGCGCUUCGUCUCAAUUGACCUUUCCUGAUAUUCAUUCAGCUAUCUCAAGCUAUUACUACCAUUAUAUUCGCGUCCACCAGCUCCCCAGACACUCUCCCGGCAUGCCUCCUGCUCUUAGCGACGAGGAGAACGACGCCUCUUCUGGCGAAGAGGAAAUUCCCUACCGCGGGAAAGGCAAAGCCGCACCCGCCCAGGAGCCAGAGGAGGAGCAGGGCGAAGAGGAAGAGGAGGGCGAAGAGGACGACGAUGAAGUAUUUGUUGUCGAGAAGAUCCUGGGGCAUAUGUUCAACGACGACGGCGUCUGCAUGUAUGAGAUAAAGUGGAUGGGCUACGACCGCAAGAAAGACCGAACUUGGGAGCCAGAGGACAAUCUCUCCGGCGCAACCGACGUUCUCAAUGAAUACUUUGAUGAGAUCGGCGGCCGCCCACAGCCCGGGGAGUCCGCCAAGAGCAGGAAGCGCAAGGGCCGGAAGUCCAACUUCAAGUCCGAAUCAGGCACCCCCGCUGCCUCCAGCGCAAAGCGCCCGAAGCGAGAAAAGGACUGGUCGCCUCCACCAGGAUCCUGGGAGAACGAUGUUGAGUACGUUGACACUGUCGAGGAGAGUAUCGACAACAAAACUGGUCAGCUAGCACGAUUCGCAUAUCUGGUCUGGACCAACCAGAAGAAGACACAGCAUCCUCUCAAGCACUGUUACCGCAAGUGCCCCCAAAAGAUGCUGGAGUAUUACGAGAGCCACCUAGUAUUUACCACUCACGACAAUGCCAUAAAUGGGGAAGACAAAGAGGACAUGCUGAUAAAAGGAGACGACAUCUAAUUUACCUUUCAGUGCUUGUCAUUUUACGGCCCCGGAAAUGCCACAAAACCCACUCUCUUGCUCACUUAGGAAUCAACCUCGCCUCGGUCCCAUCUUCUAGCCAACUCUUUUGGUUGCUCUGUUUCGGAUUGUUUCAUCUCAUCCAGUGGAAUUGCUUUUCAGCAUGGCGUAUGAGGCUUUACUUCCACGCACGUACGCUAGGUAUGCCUUGAAUAGGUAGCAAUACGCGCAUACGCAAUAGGGUCAAUUUCAAAAGCGGAUGGCCUGGCCCUAGAGCAUUCGGUCGGUCGAUCGAUCAGCUACGCUGGGGAAAUACAUGUAUUCUAGAGGAAAUUUGCGGGGCGUAAUUUGAGUACUGUCUUGGCUGUGCGUGAUAGUCCGUACGCUCGGUAAUGUGUUUUGAGGGAGUGAAUCAGAG